GUUUUGAAACCUCGCGCAGUUCUGGUCGUCGCUCUCCUGUCCGCCUGCCUGGGCUUUUUGUGCGUGCUGCCACUUUCCUCUUUGCUUCACGUGCCCGCAGAUAAACAAAGCAAGUCAGUAAUCCAAACACCCAAGUAUAUUGCGACAAAGCAACGGAGAAUAAUAGUGGUUCGAUUUUGCUUUUGCGGUGCAUAUCAGGAAAAUCGCAGCGAGAAGCCAACUGAAACAACACCCAGAGCUCUUUACGGUACCACCGCAAAAUGUCGCUGCUGCUCACAGGAAACAGUACCUCCCUUUCCGAGGAGGAACUUGACGAGUACUCCGAUGGCACCGUCAAACUGCGCAACUCAAACAUUGAGCUCAUGGACCAGGAUAUCCUCUAUCACCUGGCAUUGGGCAGCGAGAGCCACGACCUGCAGGAGAUGUUUGGCGAUGUUAAGUUCGUUUGCAUGGGCGGCACACCGAAGCGCAUGGAGAAUUUUGCCCACUUCAUAAUGAACGAGAUCGGUUACAAGUUGCCCGCGGGAACUCAGCUGCAGGACAUCAGUGCCUAUUCGUACCGCUACUCGAUGUACAAAGUUGGCCCGGUUCUUUGCGUCAGUCACGGCAUGGGAACGCCCUCGGUCAGCAUCCUGAUGCACGAGAUGAUCAAGCUGAUGUACCACGCCAAGUGCAAGGAUCCUGUCUUCAUCAGGAUAGGAACCUGCGGAGGAGUGGGCGUGGACGGCGGUACCGUCAUCAUCACCGAAGACGCCCUCGAUGGACAGCUGCGGAAUUCUCAUGAGUUUACAAUUCUGGGCGAAACCAUUCAUCGCCCGGCCAAGCUGGACAAGAAGCUGGCCCGUGAGCUGAAGUCCCUGUCCAGUGCCGACGAUCCAUAUGACACCAUUAUUGGCAAGACGCUGUGCACCAACGAUUUCUACGAGGGCCAGGGUCGAUUGGACGGGGCUUUCUGCGAGUUCAGCGAGAACGACAAGAUGGCCUAUCUGGAGAAGCUGCGCGAGAACGGGGUGGUCAACAUCGAAAUGGAGAGCACCAUCUUCGCGGCCCUGACCCAUCAUGCCGGCAUCAAGGCAGCGGUGGUGUGUGUGGCCCUGCUAAACCGUCUUAAUGGGGAUCAGGUCAACGCCCCCAAGGAGGUCAUGCAUGAAUGGCAGCAGCGUCCCCAGAUCCUUGUGUCGCGCUAUAUUCGCAAGAUCCUUACACAUAAUGGCCAGCUUAAGUCGCUGUUUGGGCACCAGGGAUCAAUCAAGUCGCCCAGGCGCUUCAAGCUCGUACAGCAGGAGUCUCAGGCCCACGAGUAAUCCGGGUCACAUCGCCAGUUUCAUUUAAAGUUACUUUCUUACCAUAUAUGUGGUGUUUUUGAACAUUCCCUAGUUUAGCUCUGAUUAAGUUCCUAGCUUUAUUUCUGUGUUUAUCGCCCUCAACCUCAUUAGAUAAUUUAAGCCCGAGCAUAUUGUACGUAUAUUCAUUGAGCUGCUAAACGCUUGAAUUUGUUAACACAAAUCUAUUAUAUGUAUACCUAUAAUAUAUACUAAUUGUAUCACUGAGUGUGAUGUUCAAAGGUUAUCAGAAUUAAACGCUUUUGAGAUCACAAAAUGGUUUGGAAAGUAAGCCGGAAGAGAACGAAUAAUAUAGAAAUAAAAUCAAAUUGUUAAUUGUUA